UCUGGGGAUCUAAGGAUAGUGAAGAGAAAAGCAUAGUGACUCCAUAUCUCAGAUUCCUUGAGUUGGUAUUGAAGAGCACUAGGAACCGAAGAUGAGUGAACUUGACCAGUUACGGCAGGAGGCUGAGCAGCUUAAAAACCAAAUUAGGGAUGCUAGAAAAGCAUGUGCAGAUGCAACUCUCUCUCAGAUCACAAACAACAUCGACCCAGUAGGAAGAAUCCAGAUGCGCACCAGGAGAACGCUGAGGGGGCAUUUGGCCAAAAUUUAUGCCAUGCAUUGGGGCACGGAUUCCAGGCUUCUGGUCAGUGCCUCACAGGAUGGCAAACUGAUCAUCUGGGAUAGCUACACCACAAACAAGGUCCAUGCCAUCCCUCUGCGUUCCUCAUGGGUCAUGACCUGUGCAUAUGCCCCUUCUGGGAACUAUGUGGCCUGUGGUGGCCUGGAUAACAUUUGCUCCAUUUACAAUCUGAAAACUCGUGAAGGGAAUGUACGUGUGAGCCGUGAACUGGCCGGACAUACAGGUUAUCUGUCCUGCUGCCGCUUCCUGGAUGACAAUCAGAUCGUCACCAGCUCUGGGGACACCACUUGUGCUCUGUGGGACAUCGAGACCGGCCAGCAGACAACCACGUUCACUGGACACACUGGGGAUGUUAUGAGCCUUUCACUCGCUCCCGACACCAGACUGUUUGUCUCUGGUGCUUGUGAUGCUUCAGCCAAACUCUGGGAUGUGCGAGAAGGGAUGUGCCGGCAAACUUUCACUGGCCACGAGUCCGACAUCAAUGCCAUCUGUUUCUUUCCAAAUGGCAAUGCAUUUGCCACUGGUUCAGAUGAUGCCACCUGCAGGCUGUUCGACCUUCGUGCAGACCAGGAGCUCAUGACUUACUCCCAUGACAAUAUCAUCUGUGGGAUCACCUCGGUGUCUUUCUCCAAGAGCGGGCGCCUCCUCCUCGCAGGGUACGAUGACUUCAACUGCAAUGUGUGGGAUGCACUCAAGGCCGACAGAGCAGGUGUCUUGGCUGGGCAUGACAACCGUGUCAGCUGCCUGGGGGUGACUGACGAUGGGAUGGCCGUGGCGACGGGGUCCUGGGAUAGCUUCCUCAAGAUCUGGAACUAACGCUGACAGCAGGUAGACGUCGUGGCGACUGGAAGAUCAUUCCAACCUUGAAGCGUUACAGUGAUAGCAUUUCCAAUCCACCCCUACUAACGUGGACGCCCUGCACCCCCUCAGAACUUCAAAAGGGCAAGACCUUUUCCUUCACUUAUUGCUGAAAUCAAGAGCACAAUUCCCACGAAGAGAAGAACCUCUGUGCUGUAAACUCAAACAAAUUGUGCAUUCCUCCCGGGACCAUUGUCUUUGUUUCCUUUUUUGUCUUGGAUGAAUUUAAAAGGAAAAACUAUAAU